AUGUCAUUAGUUCAAAACCUUCAUGUCCGAGCGUUGCCAAAGUUGGUUACUACAACUGCUACAACAACCAGUUCAACAGGAAAACCAACGACUACUUCCUCUUUUUCCAAAGCAACGACUACUUCGGCAAAAACUAUUGGAUUGUUAUCUUCAACAAUUAAGUUACCUAGCCUACCAUCCCUAACAACAACCUCUGAUCCGACUUCAUCUUCAUCUUCAUCUUCAGCUACAACUACCGUUACCACCACCCCUAUAAUCUUACCUCCAUCAUCUGAGGGGAACCCUUAUAUUACUGGAAGAGAUACAAGACUGGAUGGCACAGUUUUUAUCGCGGUAGGUGCCAUAAUUGGUGCUAUAUUUUUAACUAUGAUAGUUUGGAGGCUUCUUGCAACAAUCAAAUCCAAUAAAAACGCUAGAUAUGAUCGUUACGAUCUAGGGAAUAGGAACCUCUUUAACGAUAUUUAUCAUAUAUCUGAUGAUAGGGAAAAUAAUACAUAUAGAUAUCCAUCGUCCUCGACCGAUAAUGAUGUGGAGGAAAAAGUUACUAAUUCAGAACUUGCUCAUGGGAAAGAAAAUUUUAAAAAAUCAACCUUGAGUUUGUUAUUAUCAUCCAGAUCAAACUCAAAUGAUGACCAGGAAGAAAAUCAUGAUCUUGAAGCAUUUAUAUAUGAUAAAGGAGAGGAUCAUGAUACCGAUAAUUUUCAUAGCAAAAUACAAACUAGAUACAAUCCUAUCCAUCAUGAACCGACGUUCAAUAUAAAUAGAAAAUCUUUAUUCAUAUCUCCUACCUUAGAAAUUCUCCAACCAAAUAACAAUGAAGAACUACAUCAACCUAGUAAUAAUAAUGCAAGAGCAUUUUUAGGUGUUUCCACUAAUCCGUUUAAUGAUCAUAAUUAUUCAAAUACUUCUUUAAUCUCUGAUAGCGAUCUUGAUGAUUCAAAUAAUUACAGUUUACGUCAACCACAAAGAGCAGCCUCUCCAGAAAGGAAAAUGAAGAAAUCACCAAUAAGGGAAGGUUACCAUAAGAGAAAUAAAUCUUCUCUUGGGAUGAUCUCUACAACUACUUUGCUAUCAUCUCCGAGUUAUCACAAUAACCAGAGUAACCAUCAGAAUAAUAAUAAUAAUAACGAACAACUUAUUGAUGAGGUUGUACCUGCCAGUUUAGAAUCAACACCAACAAAGAAAAACGGACGCCAUCAGAAGACACCAUCCACGUACCUAGACGAUCUUCUAAAAGGAGAAUAA